AUGCUCAAAGACGUUUCAGAGUCGAACGACUCGGAGACUCAGAGGAGUAACCAACAAGAGAACAAGAAGUAUGAGUCAAAGAGGAAGAAGUCCUCCAACAUAGGCCAGCUUCCUGCCAUAAUCACCAACCCUUUAUCCAACAUUUUUCUGGAGCAAUCUGAAGAUACGGGUGUGGCAGAGGAAAGGGCUGGAAAUGAUGAAGGAAAUGAGAUAUCGCACAAGGAGAAGCCUCAUCAAGAGUUUUAUGACAACGAAUCCAAACAAAACGGAAGAAAAACUCGGCCGCCUUCAAAGAAACCUAAGCCCUCCUCCAAGGGAGAGGAAAAUGACGAAAACUUGGAUAAUAACUGGAUUCAAAAGUUUAAACACGUCAGAACUCCCACUCACUUGAGUUUCAAUGAUCAGUUGAUAUGGAAGGAAUUGAAAAGACCAUUCAAAAGGGAUAAGUCAGCUAAGGUGUUACCUAAACGACAGCAAAACGAUCGUGGAGACGGCUUUCGUCAGGAGGAGGAAGAAGAAGAAGAAGAAAAUAGAGAUACCAGAAUAAGAGCAAAAGCGAUCAUUGAUUCUUUGGCUUUGGGUUCUCCCUCCGUAUUAUUAGCAGCUAGUGUCUUCUUGAGAGAUGAGCAUGGAACAAGGCGAGCUCCCUUACUACUUGGCUUAUUGGGUUUUAAGCUAGUUGAUGUGACAAAAUAUACGGUCAAAUCCGAUGAACCUCUUUCUAAGAACAGAACUUACAGAUUUGAUUUAGAGUACGGUGUUGGCCCCACCAGGCACAAGUGGUCAGUGACCAAGAGCAUCAAAGAUAUUGCUGCUCUUCACUCUCGACUGAAAGUAUCUUUUUUUCAAGAGAACGCUCUAAGAGGUACAAAAGAUGUUGAGUUACCUAAAUUUCCAAAAAUUAGCAACUACAUCCAAAAGUUCAAGCAGACACAGUACCAAAGAAAGAAAGACGAAAGGCAGCAUUCCAGAGGUAACAGUCCUUCUCCCAGGAGAGCUUCUCAUUCUGUAGACCAGCAAGAUGUAACUAGUGUUAAUUCCUUGAGCUCUCUCCGUACAAAUUCAAGCGCAAGAGAACUGUUCAACAAUUUUGUGACGAGGAUGUCCAGUGCUGUUCAUCAAACAGAUCAAAGAAGUUUCCCCUUAGAUUUAUCUUAUACAUCUGUAUUUGAGGAGUACAGGGAGGCGCUUGAUGAUUACCUGAAAGAGUUGUUGAUCGUAUUAACUUUGAGGCCUCAGAGUAACAAACUUUUCCAGUUUUUUGAACUUUCACCAAUAGGAGAACUUCUAGUCAAUGAUUCAGGAUUUCACGGAAAACAAGGUUAUCUUCGAGUCAGUUCAAGUGCCAGAACACAAGGAUGGAGAGUAGGUCAUUUAAAGGUGAAGGAAUGGAAGGCCAUGGUAGAGAGACACACAGCCAAAUGGUUUUUGAUCAAAGAAAGUUACAUCAUGUAUGUGGCAGAUAUCUACUCAACUACACCACUGGAAGUAUUUCUUGUGGAUUCCUCCUUCAAGUACAGCUUUUCUGGAGAUCAGCAUCACCACAAAUUAAUGGGGCCAGUUACUGAUACACUAGAGGAUUCUGAUUUUGAUGACGUUUCUUUGCAAGAGUUUACAACACAAAAAAACCAACGAGAUAUUGCCCCUAGACUGGCUAUCUCAGUUGAGAAUGGGGAACGUAAAAUAAAGAUGAUUGCUCAAUCCGAAAGGCAGAUGAAACUUUGGAUUCAGUCAAUCGUGAUGAUGGAAAAAAACUCGAAAUGGGCUGAAAAGCAUCGUUUCGAUAGUUUUGCCCCUGUUCGAAAAGAUUGCUACGCUCAGUGGUUUGUUGAUGGUAGAGAUUACAUGUGGGCAGCUUCUUCGGCGAUUGAAAUGGCAAAGGAUGUUAUAUAUAUUCAUGACUGGUGGUUAUCACCUGAGUUAUAUCUUAGAAGACCUGCAAAUGGUAACCAACAAUGGCGUAUUGACAGAUUGCUACUUAAAAAAGCGGAAGAGGGAGUCAAAAUUUUCAUUAUAAUCUACCGAAAUGUGGGUACCUUUGUUGUUACCGAUUCCCUAUGGACAAAACAUUCAUUUCUCUCUUUGCAUCCGAAUAUAUAUGUACUCAGAUCACCCAACCAAUUGCUACAGAACACAUAUUUCUGGGCCCAUCAUGAAAAGUUGCUUAUUGUUGACCAGACAAUUUGUUUUCUUGGGGGAAUUGAUCUUUGUUAUGGUCGCUUUGAUACCCCUGACCAUACCCUCACUGAUGCCAACGAGAAAGCUUUUGAGGACGGAAGUGAAACUUAUGACAAAGACCCUCUGUCCUAUCAAAUGUUCCCUGGGAAAGACUACUCGAACCCUCGAGUUAAGGACUUCUAUGCCUUGGAGAAACCAUAUGAUGACAUGUAUAAUAGAGAAGAAGUACCCAGAAUGCCAUGGCAUGAUGUGCAUAUGGCAUCAUCUGGACAAAUAGCUCGUGAUUUGUCUCGUCACUUUGUUCAGCGUUGGAACUAUCUAUUAAGACAAAAGAGGCCUUCAAGGUCAACUCCGUUGCUAUUGCCUCCCGCAGAUCUUACUCCGGAGCAGUUAGAAUCUUCACGAUUCAAAGGUACAUGCGAGAUUCAACUUUUGCGCUCCUCCUGUAAUUGGUCUUUGGGAUUAAAACAACACGAACAAAGUAUUCAAAAUGCAUAUCUCAAGCUGAUUGAAACUUCGAAUCAUUUCAUUUACAUUGAGAAUCAGUUUUUUAUUACGUCAUCUGCCUGGCAGGGAGUUGUCAUUGAAAAUACAAUUGGAGACGCCAUUGUUGAUAGAAUUAUUAGGGCUCGUAAUGAGAAUAAGACUUGGAAGGCUAUUAUUGUGAUUCCAUUACUUCCUGGUUUUGAGGCGAAGGUAGACGAACCUGGUGCUUCGUCGUUAAGAGUGAUUGUUACUUGUCAAUACAUGUCAAUCUCUGUAGGUCCGACAUCUAUCUUCGGAAAACUAAGAAAGUUAGGAAUUGAUCCUGAGGAGUACAUCCAGUUCUAUUCUUUGAGAAAGUGGGCAUGUAUCGGCAAGAAAAGACGACUAGUCACAGAACAACUUUACGUCCAUGCUAAGACUAUGAUUGUGGACGACCGUUCUGUGAUUAUUGGUUCUGCCAAUAUCAACGAGCGCUCAAUGACAGGAACCAGAGAUUCUGAAGUGGCUUCAAUCAUCAGGGAUCGUGAAAUGAUCCAAACAACCAUGAACGGGGAACCAUAUUUGGCUGCGAAGUUUGCUCACACUUUAAGGAUGAGGUUGAUGAGGGAACAUUUAGGAGUCGAUGUAGAUAUUCUUGAUAUGAUAGAAAGAAGGUUCAAUGACAUCGAGAAACUUGCAAGAACAAGUCUCGGUAAAAAAGCUGCAACUGGAAAAUUCAAGAAUGAGGAACAUGAGGUAAUGAGUGCAAUGGUUGAACUUGCUACCAGAGAUGUGUUAGGGAAGAAGGAUGGAACCAAAAGAUGGAGCUCAUAUUUCAGCACUAUAAAGAGCAUGAAUGGCAAUUCAGAUUUACCAAGUAAGCUCCAUGAUGCUCUGGAGAGAAUAAUUCAAGGUGAUCAAAUUGACACAGACUCUGAAUCAGAAUCAGAAAGCUAUGUCACUGAACUUCCUCAUCCUAUUCGCAGAUCUUUUAACAACAGGGCAGGACACGAGAAUGCAGGUCUCAGGGAUGCCAAAUCUUACUCAACAGACCCAAGAAUCCACCAUAAUGAUUCUCAUAAAAAGGACAUCAAAGGGAAGGGGCAAGAUAGAUAUGACUCCCCUGGUAACAAGAAGUCUCGUAAGAGGAUCACACAAGUUUUGCAAGACUGGGCUCUCAAAGCCACGUCAGAAUUACCUUAUUCCGAUGAUGUUUUUGUUCCCAAUCAUGAGCAAGUGAUGCAAUUUUUGAACUCAAAAGACCACGAUCCAGAAUCAGAAGGCGGCGAGGAGACAAAUAACUGGAAGAAUAUCGAAAGAUGGGGCCUACUCAAACGAGUAGCAUACUUACAGAGAUUAAUGGCCAAACAGCAGAAGGACAAGGCCGCCGAAAGGGAAAAGAGGGAAGCUUUGAACUCAAGGUCCAAAAAACAAGGUGUUUCGCCCGCUUCCUCCUUGGACCAAAAUCAAAACACCGCACCCAAUGGCUCUGCACAGACAGAUAAAGUGAAAGUGUCAGGUGUUGAUAGUGCUGUAGAAUUAGGUGAGCAUCUUAACGAGAAGGGUCGAACUGAUGGAAACGUUGCUCCAGGAUUAAACCAUUCGGGGUCUCUUGGUUCAGAUGAAAUAUCGAAUGUGAAGGUAAUUCAUCUCGAACCCUCUGAAGUGAAGGACAUCAUCGAGUCUUUGGAAACUAGGGGUAUAUCUAAACCAAGAUUCAUAGAUCCUUAUGCAUUUGAAGAUCCUCUAGAUGAUGAUUUUUAUGAGGAUCUGUGGCAUGAUACGGCUUUUAGAAACACUGCCAUCUUCAGAAUGGUCUUCCACUGUCAGCCUGAUGACGAUGUGCUGACUUGGAAUGAUUAUAAGAAUUUCAGCAAACUAGACACAGCAUUUAAUUUGGCACAGAAAAAACGAGAAAAUGGAUUGACUCGAGUCGACAGUAGUUCCGAAGACCCAAACAAUUCUCAGGACACCAGUAUCAGUAUCACUGACAUUGAGAAUGCAACGAGCUACCAACGCGAUAAAGUAUUACAAAGUGAGGAAGAUGCCGAGAAACCAAAACGUCAGCCAUUACAUGGGAAGCUCAAGAAGAGUGUUGCUGGUGGUGGAAGAAAAAUGUCUUACUCCUCGGAGCAUUCACAAGAUAGCAUUGUAGGCGACAGCUCAGAUCAAGAGCAGCCUUCAGAAGACUCUACCAUUGAGCGUAUCGAUACAGAAAUUGAUGGGGCUCUGGACAUCAACACUGAGAAAAGCCGCAAGACCACCACCAGGAGAAGAAGAUUGUAUCCUUCCCGAAGAGUCGUAAGGAACAUAAGGAACAGUGUGUUUGACUGGUCUACAGCAGAGCUAUUGUUGAGCUACGUCCGUGGAAACCUAGUGCUAUUUCCAGUAGAAUGGCUCAUGGCCGAGAUUGAAUCGGGCAACCUGUUCUACCGAACCGAUAGACUGCCUCCAAUAGAAAUAUAUGACUAG